AUGCCAUAAAUUAAUUUAAUUGAAAUGCAUAAGAAGAUUGAAAUAAGAUUGUGCUCGAUUUCAUAUUUCUAUAAUGUCCAAUAAUAAAAUAAUUAUCUUUUAUUUGAUUUUUCUCUUCCAGACAAUAACAAAUAAUACAAGGCAAUAAAAGUUGAUUAAAAUAAAUUGAAAGAUGCAACUAAAUUAGACCAGGCCCUUGAUAUUACACUUGAACAAAAUAAACUGUUAGAAAAGAAAAGAAGAGCCUAUAAUUUUAUUCUUCCAUUUAAACAAUCCAAUUACAUCACUACUAAGUUGACUUAAUUAGUGACGUAGUCAGAUGGCUUAUCUUUAAAUUUAGAGUCUGAUAAUUUUUUUGAUAUUCUACUGGAAUACAAGAACUUAGAUAAGUUGAUUAUUAAUGAUAGCAUAGUGGAAAAUUUGAAAAUUUUUCAUUAUCUUUUGUGUAAGGAAUUGGUUAGAGAAAUAUAUAUUAUAUGUGAUUCCUAAGAAAAUUUAGUUUCUCGUUAUCCUUUUUGUUAUUAGAACUUUGAAUUCAGUUUACCCAACGAGAUAAUCGAGAAUUAACUUUACUUAGGUAAUAGUAAUCAUGCCAACAAUCUCAAGGCUUUGAAUCUUUUAGGAAUUACUCACGUUGUUAAUUGUGCCAAAGAAAUACCAAAUUAUUUCAGUGAUGAUUCCAUUAAAUACUUCUAGGUUCCUGUUUUGGACUUAGAGGAAGAACCAAUUUCUGAUCAUUUUGACGAGGCUUACAUUUUUAUGAAUGAGGCAAUGAAUAAUAAAGAAAAUAAGAUCCUGGUUCAUUGUGCUUAAGGAAAAAGUAGAUCAGCAACAAUUGUAUUAAUGUUCUUAAUGAGAAAUAAACAAUGGACUUUUGAUCAAGCUUAUGAACAUGCCAAGAAAAGAAGGGAAAUUAUUUCCAUAAAUGAUGGCUUUUAAUUUCAACUAUUACAGAUUUGA